AAGUAUAUUUGGAUGUAAUUUUUUUGGGGAAGUGGGCGUGGCCCCGCCCCCUACUAAGUUUUUUGUACAUAUCUCGCAAACCAAUAGAGCUAUAUAAACCAAACUUUCUGCAGUCGUUUUUUUAGCCACUUCCUAAUACAGUCCAAAAAUGAAAGAAAUCGGAUCAUAACCACGCCCACCUCCCAUACAAAAGUUAGGUUGAAAAUUACUAAAAGUUCACUAACGAAAAACGUCGGAAACAUUAAGUUUCACAUAAGAAAUGGCAGAUGAAAGCUGCUCUCAGAUUUUUAUACAAAAUGGAAAAUGGGCGUGGCGUCGCCCACUUAUGGGUCAAAAACCAUAUCUCAGGAACUACUCGACCGAUUUCAAUGAAACUUGGUUUGUAAUAGUUUCCUUACAUCCCAAUGAUAUGUUAUGAAAAUAGGCCAAAUCGCUUCACAACCACGCCUACUUCCUAUAUACCAGAACUUCGAAGUCGAUCUGAAUCGUUUACAUUACAAUAUAUAAAGUAAGCACUAGUGAAGAUAUCGAUGCAGAACUUUGCACAAAUAAUAUGUUUAUAAUGUGAUAGCCCCAUUCUAAAAAUCGCCGAAAUCGCACCAUAGGUUUUUAAGGCCCCAUAUAUCGAACACGAGGACCUCGGUGCUUCUAACCUAAUAUUAUGGUUUCCAACUUCCAAUGGACUUUAUACAAUAUAUAUGACGAAUAUGUGGGUCAAAUUGUGUAAAUAAAGUUAAAUAUAUAAAUUGCGAGAGUAUAAAAUGUUCGGUUACACCCGAAUUUAGCCCUUCCUUACUUGUUUUAAAUUGAAUUUAAAUCGACUUGAAAAUCAAAACUCUGCAACUCUGCGACAAGAACGUACGAUAUACGUUCUUUGUCUGUGAUUGGCUGAAUUUUUUUAUAAAAUUGCAUUAAUACUACUAGACGUUAGAUGGCGGUGCUGAAAAAUAAUAAUCAGCUGAUGAAAUUACCAACUUCUUAUGAAAAGCAAAAAUAAAAAUGUUUAACAGAUCGUAAAUCGAGUAACCGGCAGUAUAAACGGCAAAAAUGUGUUUCUCGAUUUAAAUUUAAAUUGAUCAAUUUAUUUGGCUGUCUAAAAACGCUAUAAGAUCCUCCCUGUCAAUCCAGCACAUUUAAGCCCUGUCAAUCCAGCAAGCCCGUCACAAAGCCAACAAGAAACAAAGCAGAAUCGCUUUUAAUAUUGCAGUUUGGAAAAUUACAAGUUAUUAUGAAACGUUUUUGUGGAAUGAAAAUCAAAAUAAAAAAACUAAAAAUAAGUUAUUUGUUUUUUCUCCAAGCGAGUUACAAUUUCAGCUGCAUAGUUUUUUCUUUAAGGACAAACAAGACCCUUGAAAUCAAUAUUCGAAAAUAUUAGGUCUAGUAAAACGAAACGAUUAAAAAAUAUUUAUUUAUUUAUUUACAUACAGGAAUAUUGAAACUAUGUCUAAAUUAUAGAACAAUAUAUAAAAUAUGUAGAAGCUAAUAUGAGAGUCGGUAUAUACCGUAGUGAAAUUAAUUUAGGUGAGGUGAAAAAUGUUAGUGGGAGUGUUGUAGUAAUUGGUGUUCAUUGUACAGUACGCUGCGAAUGAAUAGUAUCAUAUUAUAUAGAUUAAAAACGCUUAAUAAUUUAUUAGUGUUAUUAGGUUAUUAAUUGAAAGGUUUUUGAGUAGGUCUAAAGAUGUUGAGUUUGGAAGUGAAAGUCGGUAGGUGGCGAAGAAUUUGCAUGAAUGAAUGAUGUGUUGGGUACUUAUUGGGCCUCAUGCAUAAAACGUGAGCUUGAACUCGGACUCGAUUUUUUGAGUAAAAGGUGCUUGUCGUAUGCAUAAUAACAUUUGAUGUGUUUGCUUUUACUCACUGCCCACGUUUGAUCUUGUCUUGCUCAGUUUGAUCUAAGUUAGAUGAGCUUGUGCUCAUAUGCAUGAAAACAACCUUUUGCUUUCUUUUGUGGGCUCUUGCUCAAGUUUUGUUGAGCAAUGUACAUACAUAGCAAUGUCAUAGAGCAAUGUCUUAUACAUAGUUGACUCGCGUACACCAAAAUCAUGGUUGAAUAUUUUUUUCCACAAAGAAAUGUUAUCAACAGCGUAAAACAAAUUUAUCAAGUGAGGAUAAAAAAUUAUACAGGUUUGUAUUCUUAAUUAUUAUUUUUUUAUAUAAUUAAUAAUAAAAUGAUAAAUACAUAGGUUUGAUGAUACUGGCAUCUGCUGGUUGGCUAAUUAUUUUUUUGUAUUUAACAUUAUGUGAAAAUCCUGGAUUCCAAAAUUAUAGAUAUUGGAGUCCAUCUGUCAACUGUGUCGCGAACUAUUGCGGAAGUUGCGAAGCUUAUAUCUGCCAAAGCAAGCGAGUGGAUAAAAUUCAUGAAGGAUGCAGAUGAAAAAGAUGCUCAAAUGAAAUGGGAAUACAAUUAUUGCUUUCCAUUUGCAAUUAAAGUGAUUGAUUGUACUCAUAUCAAAAUUAAAAAAACCACACAUCAAAGCGAUGAGUAUAUUUGUAGAAAAGGCUUCCACUCUAUAAAUGUGCAGGCAACUUGUUAUGGAAAAGAACUGUUUACAGGCGUUGACAUAUCCUGGCCUGGUUUAGUUCAUGACUCAAAUACAGUAUGUCAAGAAACAGUUUACACAUUGAAAAUAAAUACACUUUUUCACUUUCCGCAGCAAAAUUUUUUAUGGCUACGGAAUAUGCCCCUGGCUAAUGACACCAAUCCUGAACCCAACAACAAAGUGUUUACAAGGGAGCGUGUCACUAUAGAACGGUGUUUUGGGCAAUUGAAGCAAAGAUUUUCGAUAAUUCAAUUAAAAAUUCGUAUAUACAUAUAUUUUGUUUUUUCAGCUUUUUUGUAUUUUUAUGUUUAAAUAUAUAAGACGAUAAUUUAUAUUAUCUUAUGUUUAAUUUUUUCACCAUCACUUUCAUAAAGAUGAAAAUCGAAAGUAAUUAAACACAUGUAUUUUUUUACGAAAUGUUGAGUUAAUGCACUAUUAAUUUUUUACACUUUUUAAGUGUAUUUUAGUUUUAAUAUUGUAAUUCGCUUAACCUAAAUCUUAAAGUAACGGUAUUAUAAAUAUAUAUAUUACAAAAAAGGGGUAAGUUAGCGCUAAAUGAAGUAAUAGAUUAAGCUGAGGUAUUAAGGUAAGUAAUAGCUUAUGGUAAUAUAAAUGUAUUAUUAGGGUAAGUAUAUGUAUGUAAUAUUUUAUAAUUCAAUGUUCAUAAAUUCAUUUUCUUAUAUUUCUUAUACUUUAUAUUUUAGGUUUAUAAAUAUACAUGUAUUUAACUUCAAUAACAAUUAGAUGUUUGAUCUCCUUUUGCUCAAGUAAUUGAAAUUGGCUUGAACUCAUUUUUAUGCAUACGAAAUUGAUCAAAAGCUUUUUCUGUUUGAUUGAACUCAAGUUACGAGCAAUUGCUCACAUUCCUCAAUUCAGCGCUUUUACUCGUUUUUAUGUAUGAGAUCCAUUGUAUUUCAUGCAUAAAACGUGAGCUUGAGCUCGGACUCGAUUUUUUGAGUAAAAGGUUUGAUCUAUAUUAGAUGAGCUUGUGCUCAUAUGCAUGAAAUCGCAGAUCUGAGAAGCAGCUGCCAUAAAGCCAGGCGGAAAUUUCAAAGAAAUAGAAAUGCUGUAGAAAAUGAGCUUCUACGAGAAAUUUUCAAAAAAAAACGAAAAGAAUUUAAAAUUGCGAUCAGAAAUAGUAAAUCUGCAUGCUUUAAAGAACUCUGUGACAAGGCGGAAGAAAACCCAUGGGGUGGAGCCUAUAAAGCAGUAAUGACUAAAGUAAGGGGUAAUAAAGGACAAAUGCCGACUUGCCCUAUACUAUUAAAAGAAGUAGUGGAAACUUUGUUCCCAACACAAGAGGCGCAAUCAGAGGAAGUCGUAUCCAAUAUUAGCUUAGAGACCCCUUUGUUUAUACCGAUCGAUGACGUCGAGGUGGUGCAAGCAGCUGAACGCUUCGGAAAUGCAAAAGCUCCUGGCUUAGAUGGAAUUCCUAAAAGGGCCCUAAAAAUUGCGGUAAAAUACAAAACUAAAUAUUUUGUGAAAGUACUCAAUAAAUGUCUAUGGGAUGGUAUUUUUCCCAAAAUAUGGAAAAAGCAGCGUUUGGUGCUUUUAAAAAAACCAAAUAAACCUCCAGGUGAACCAAGCUCUUACAGGCCACUAUGUAUGAUCGAUACUACUGGUAAAAUUUUCGAGCGAAUAAUUUGUGAUCGGGUAGAAAAACACCUUGAAGAAGUGGAAGGGUUGUCAGAAAACCAAUACGGGUUUCGCAGGAGACGCUCGACAAUUGACGCGAUCAAAAAACUUACAGAGAUUGCAGACAAAGCCAUAGAGGGCACAAGGUGGAUGUACGGAUCCAAGGAAUACUGCGCAGUCGUUACAUUCGACGUAAAAAAUGCUUUCAAUUCUGCAUGUUGGACCCACAUACUUCAAAGACUACAGGAUCUUAAAACGCCAAGAUAUCUGCUACGCAUCAUUAAAAGUUAUUUAUCGGAUAGAGUCCUGCUGUACAAUACGGACGAAGGAGUCAAGCGAUACAAAGUGACCGGUGGCGUACCACAAGGAUCUGUCUUGGGCCCACUCCUGUGGAAUAUCCUGUAUGAUGGAAUCCUUCGCCUUCCAACACCAAAAGAAAUACAAAUCAUCGGAUAUGCAGACGAUAUUGCAGUGACAAUUGUGGCAAAAGAACUACACCAAAUUGAAGACAUAUGCAGCAGUGUUACUCGGAGAAUAAAGAACUGGCUAACAGCAGCGAAGUUGCAACUGGCUGCACAAAAAACAGAAACAGUGCUAAUAACUAGUAGAAAGAAGACAGAAGUAAUUAUACUUAAUAUAGACGGGUAUAACAUUACGACACAGACAUCAUUGAAAUAUUUAGGCAUACUGAUAGAUUCGAGACUAAAUUUUAAGACAAAUAUUGAGAAAGCCUGUGAAAAAGCUGCGCGAGUGAACAUGGCCUUAACCCGAAUAAUGGCUAACAUUGGUGGACCUAGUCAAAAGAGAAGACUACUAUUGGCAAAAGUUACGAUAUCAAUAGUAAUGUACGCGGCACCGGUAUGGGCAAACGCCCUUAUGCAGAAAACAUAUGUCAAGCCGAUUAAAUCUCUAUUCCGGCUUAGUGCACUCAGAGUUGCAAGCGCUUUCCGCACAGUAUCCCACGAAGCCGCAGCAGUCAUAUCUGGCAUAAUGCCACCCGAAAUAAUGGCUCAGGAGCUGAAAAGAAAUUACGAGAAAAGUAAACAGUAUGGAAGACCUCUAACAAUUGAAGAGCGUGAAGAAGAAAGACGCAAGAGUAUAAACGAGUGGCAAAUACAGUGGGACACAGCGUCCAAAGGACGAUGGACGCACAGGUUGAUAAGAAAUAUUGAAACCUGGUUUAAUAGAAAGCAUGGCGACGUUGAUUUUUAUUUGACGCAGUUCCUAAGCGGGCAUGGCUGUUUUAGGGAAUAUCUCUAUAAAUACGGACAUGACGAUGCAGAAAUGUGUACAUCCUGCGGAAGCGAAAGAGAAGAUGCUGAACAUUUAUUUUUUCAAUGCACUAAAUAUGAGGCAGAGAGAGUGAAUUUAGAGCACGAAAUCUCGGAGAAAUUAACUCCAGAAAAUAUAGUAGUAUACAUGCUGCAGUCGAAGAACGUGUGGCAUUACGUAAAACAAUGGGUCGCAAACGUAAUGGUAGAACACAGAAGAUUA